AUGCUCGCAGAGUCCAAUGGCAGUCCGUACGCCGGCGGAGAUACCCCCAAGCUCCGAACUGCGUGUGAAAAUUGCAGGCAAUCCAAGGUGAAAUGCAACCUUUCCGGCAAAAGUGUCUGUACUCGUUGCCUGCGCCACGGUUUACAGUGUCAAUACGGCUACGCCAAUCGAUCCGGAAAGCCAAAGGGAAGCAAGAAUCGAGCAACUCUGCGCAAAUUAGGUCAGUUACAAGAAGACAAGCCAGCAAUGCGUGGUUUCCGCAGUAGCCGACUGGUUGCUCCUGUCGCAGACAUGGAGUCCCUCGGGACCAACUAUGGAGGCCAUAUAUCCGACCCGGCAUUGGAUGAAGAUGUUUGCCUCAUUUCAAACCAAGCCGGCUUUUGGGAAAGUCCCCGUAGCUUCGUCAACACUGCCACUCUGGAAUCGUCUGUCUGCCCAGGACAACUUACCACAGUGGAAAGCUCACCAUUCACCGACCUUGUGGACUCAUGCCCUGCCUUACCCUCGGGCCUAGGGUAUCCACAUACACCAGUGACGCCGACAUUUCUAUCCGGGGAAACACUGCCAGAGGGCUUAGCCAGUCCUUCGCUAGCAGGAUCUGUGGCAUCGCCCUACCCACUCUCGCCAUGCGAGUGUAUAAACAUGCAGCUAUUCCACAUGAACCGUCUGAACCAUUUUCUAGCUGACUCCCUGCCUCUACGGCUCGAUCACAGUCUGCAGUCGAUCAAAUGCACGUUCCUCGCUUGCCAGAUGUUCUUACAAUGUAACAAGUGCGCGAAGGACACCCCGAACUUACUUCUGACAAUUUCGGUGUUGAACCUUACUCUUCAGCUAUUCGAGUACUGGGUUUCGCGAGAGACUUCGCGCGCACUGCGGCCGGAGCAUGGGGUCGAUAUUCGCUACGGAUACUAUGAGAUCUGCCACGAGGAAAACAGACAAAUUCGCAAUUUCCUCAUUCGGGGGUUGCUUCUGCAGUGCAGAGAGGUUUUGCUCGCUCUCAAGAGCACUGCUAGUGUGGCUGAUGCUCAGCUCCCGAAAUUGGGGGAUCAUGAAGGGCCGGACUCUAAGGCCCCGGAGGAUCAUGCCAGCCAGCAUUGGAUUCCAUCAGACCAUAUCGGCUUGCCGUCAGGGUUGGAAAUGGAGCUCUCUAAUGGUCUACCCAGGAGGGAAGGUCUUCUAUCCAUUAUCGCUGGCUAUGAAGCUACCGUGGCGGCAUUUCUGCAAUCGACUUCAUGGGGAGAAUGCAUCUGUGGAGUUGGACGAGGGCUGCAUGAGGAUUCCAUUUGA